ACCACAGAAGAGCAGAUGCCCACAGCAGAGAGAGGAGAGGGCGCCACCUCUAGUCAGGGAGGAGAAACCCACUCCUGCCCCCAAACCCAGCAUGGCACCACACACAGGCCCCGCUCCCAACGAAGACAAUGACAACGAAUACGACUCUGAUGAAUCCACCACGCUGGGGUUGCUGGAGUUCAUUCUGCAUUAUGAACAGGGGAACAACACGCUGCGCUGCAACAUAGUCAAAGCCAAGGGUUUAAAGCCGAUGGACUCUAACGGACUAGCAGACCCCUACGUCAAGCUGCACCUCUUACCUGGAGCCAGUAAGUCUAACAAGCUGCGUACUAAGACCCUGAAGGGCACUCUGAACCCAGUGUGGAAUGAGACUCUAGUGUACCAUGGUAUCACUGAUGACGACAUGCAGCGCAAAACACUACGGCUGUCGGUGAGUGAUAUGGACAAGUUUGGACACAAUGAGUUCAUAGGAGAGACGCGUGUUGCUCUGAAGAAACUCAAAGCCAACCAGAUGAAGAACUACAGCGUCUGUCUUGAGAGGGUGGUCCAGGUGAAGAAGGCAGGCACAGGAGGUUCAGCCCGGGGCAUGGCUCUCUACGAGGAGGAGGUAAAGGAGGAUGAAGCAGAGGAGAGGGGUCGUAUCCUGGUCUCAUUAACCUACAGCACCCAGCAGGGUUGUCUGAUAGUGGGAGUGGUGCGCUGUGCUCACCUGGCAGCUAUGGACUCUAAUGGAUACUCAGACCCUUUCGUCAAGAUCUGCCUGAAACCAGACAUGGGGAAGAAAGCCAAGAACAAGACACAGAUCAAGAAGAAGACCCUCAACCCAGAGUUCAAUGAGGAGUUCAGCUAUGAGAUCAAACAUGGUGAGCUGGCCAAGAAGAUCCUAGACAUCUCCGUUUGGGACUAUGACAUGGGAACAUCCAACGAUUUCAUUGGUGGAUGCCAGCUGGGCAUCACAGCCAAGGGGGAGUGUCUGAAGCACUGGUACGAAUGUCUCAAGAACAAAGACAAGAAGAUUGAGCGCUGGCACGUCCUCCUAAAUGACAACACCGUCAAAGACACAGACGACUGAGAGACGACCUCGUCCUCCUCCUCCUCCCUUGUCUUCUUCUUCCUCCCAUUUCCUCUUCCUCCACCCUCCUAAAUAGCGUUUUCUAAUUUCCUCUUAAAUAUAAUAUUUUGUCUUCCAAUCAUCUAAUUGUUUUUAAAUGUAUUUAAAUUGUAAAGUAUUUUUGUCUAAUGUUGUUUCGUUAUGUGUCGGAACCCAGGAAGACAAGCUGUCUCCAUUGGCGUCGGCAAAUGGGAUCCUAAUAAAAUCACAAAUCAUAA